ACUGCAGUGUGUGGGGGGGCUGUGUGUCCAGAGGGGUGGGGGGGGCAUGGGCCUCUGAGUGCAGUGUGAGGGGGUGCUGCUGUGUGUCCAGAGGCUUUGAGGGUGUAUGUGUGCGGGACAUGGGCCUCUGACUGCAGUGGCGGGGGGACAGCAAGGAGCAGCCACGCUGCAGUCCCGCCUGGGAAGACUUAGGGUCUCUGUCUUGCAGGCAGCGGGAGUCCCCUGCAGGGUGUAAGUGGUGUGUCCUCAUCGGAUCUAGGGCUCCAGAAGAUCCCUUUAACGGCCCGGAAGCAGGCCCAGGCCCCCAGAGCGGCGCUUGAGUCAGCCGUGCAGCGUCCACACCCCAAGGUGCUCCAUCUGCAGCUGUAAGCGGGCGCGAAGGGGCGGCCAGCCUGCCGCCCCUGAGCCGUCUCACCUCGUGUUAGGAUGCGCGGGGUGUGAGGAGAGCGUGCAUUUCAUCUCAGAGAGGCCGUUAAGUGUUUGCUCAUGAUCCAAAAAGCUUGGCGCCCCCGUCAUGGCGCAGCGGAAAUGAAUCCAACUAGGAUCCAUGAGAAUGUGGGUUUGAUCCCUGGCCUUGCUCAGUGGGUUAAAGAUCUGGCGUUGCCGUGAGCUGUGGUGUAGAUUGCAGACGAGGCUCGGAUCCGGUGGGGCUGUGGCUGUGGUGUGGACCGGCAGCUGUAGCUCCGAUGCGACCCCUAGCCUGGGAACCUCCAUGUGCUGGGGGUGUAGCCCUAAAAAGACAAAAUACAGAACAAAACAAACUGGAUUAUACAUCUGUCUUAGUGGGCUAAAUCUUGAACUUUAGAGAAAUCUUAAAACAGUUCUCAAUACUCCAGUUGUUAGCAUGAUAUUCAUGCUAUCUCGAUACCAUAUACACACGUAGACAUGAGUCGUUAUGUCGCUGUCAUUAGGAAACACGGUUUUCAGGGUAAGAAAGAAAGACAUACAAGUUGUAAUUCAAAGUAGUUAUGUAAAUACCCUGUAAUCUCAGAUUUGAAUUGGAGGCAUCAGUGUUAACUUGUUUUAAAAAAAAAUUUGUGAGAAAAGAUUUCCUCCCUGUCCGUGGAAUCGUCCUGGGACCCGUGAGCAGCCAGGACAGCGAGCCCCCUGGCACCGACCGUGGUCCCCGCACACCUGCCCCCUGCGAGAAGUCGGCUCCAGGCUCGCGUGGCCUGGAAAAGUCUGGGCUUGGCACAGCAAAUAGACAAGCUGAGCCUGGAGCCCCGUUUCACCUAAAAGCAGAAAGCUGUCUCGAAUCACCAGGGCGUGCAGGUUCCGCCAUGGCGCUGCAGAACCCCGUCCGACUGGGAUCCAUGAAGAUGCGGGUUCGAUCCCUGGCCUUGGCGUGAGCUGGGGUGUAGACCAGCAGCUGUAGCUCUGAUUCACCCUUAGCCUGGGACUGUCUAUAUGCCAUGGGUGCAGCCCUAAAAAAGGCAAACAAAACAAAACAAAAACCAAGAAAACAAAAAGAAUUACCAGGAUGGGAUAAAAGGCUGUAGGAGGUAACAGCAGGGGCUUGCGUUGGAAAAAGAUGCGGUAAUGGGAGUGUCAAAACAUGUAUACAUAUUUUAAAAACUGCCCUUAGUUUGUAAAUGUUCAAACCCAGGAGAUCCUAGUGUCCUGAAACCACCUCGCCAGUCACUAGAGAAGGCCAGGAAACCGGCGGUGACUCUGAAGACUGGUACCCAGAGGGAACAGCAAGCCUUCGUGAUGCCAUCCCUGGGGCUGCAGGGCAGAGGGUGGCGGGGUGGGGCGGGAGGAGGGUCUGGAGGCGUUACUAGGAGUCCAGGAAAUGAUGGGCUGGGUGGUGACUGUUUCUGUAGCUUAGCUGUUGAGUCAAAGCUAGAUGCCUGUUCUCCAGAGUGGAAUUCUAGGGCGUAGACCUCAUGGUUGCCCAGUGCUCACGUGCUCUCGGGUGGUGUGGGGUCGUCCGUGGGCUGUCAGUGUGUGUGGACUCCGUUACAGGCUUCUUACAUGCCAGGAUCAGGCAGGAAGGAGGCGUCCUUUCCCCUUUAGUACCGGAAGGUGUUAGGAUCUUUUGGAGAUACGCCACUGGUACCAGGCAUCGAGCACCAGGCCGUCGUUUUCUGUAGACUCACGAAUGUCUGCAGAGCAAGCUGACACCUGUGUGUCCUCGAAGGUACGUGGUUGAAGGUCAUUCGCGGUGUGUACCCAGUGGGUCACCUUCGUCCGACCUGCCCCCUUUCCCCUCACUUGCCCAUCCUCGUGGCACGGAAGUUCCCCAGCCAGGGAACACACCUGGGCUGGAGCUGCAGCCACACUGGGUCCUUACCCCAGUGCACUGCAGUGGGAACUCCCAUCCGUUCCCACUUCGAAUGACGUAAUUCCCGUAAUUCACAGGUUGCGUUGAUACAGUUACCAUUCUUAGGCAUCACAGUUGUCAGACUGCCCGGGCUGUUGUGACUUCCUUGUGAGUUCUGAGUUAAUCUAGAAACGGUUGACCUGAAACAGACUGCUGGUUACUUCUCUAGCAAAAUCGAAGCUAUUCGGGAUCACGAAGAAUUGCGACCCUGGCGAGGCUGCGCUGCCACGAGGGAGGGAGAGCCGAUUGAAAAGGGGGAGAAGUUGGGGGGCUGCAGUCAGCAGAGUCCCUGCAGGAAGUGAGGGUUCGCUGGUGGCCUCUCUUCGCUGAGCUCUCGCCAGGCCCGGAGCAGCCAGUCUGCUUCCCAUGCGUCCCCACCGUCGGGGCCUGCGCGCGCCCCCUGCUGGCUCCCGACUCUGUCGAAUCGAGGUUUCUGUUUGUUAAUUUUUACAAAACACAGUUCUGUUGCGUUCUCCGAAAUACCAGGCAGAGGACACGGCACGGCCAGGUUGGCCUCGGGAGGUGUCUAGCCGUGUCCCUGUCGCCUCACUGUGGCAGAGCAAUGGCACCGCGUCCCCGCUCGGCCAGGCCGGGCACAGCCUGGCCCUCUCGUCCUGCUCGUGGGUCUGCGGGCCAACAGUUCGGAAAGAGUGCGGUGGAAACGGCCCGUCUCUGCUCCUCAAGGUCGGGUCCUCAGCUAGGGGGGCAUGGGGGCUGGGGGUGGCCUGGUGGCCGAGGGCUCCAGAGUCUGGGGGGAGAGGUGCUCCAGCUCGGAAAUCCAUGCUGGCUGUCGGCUGGGAUGGGAGCCGGGCUGUGGCCCAGAGCCCCUUGGACAGACCCUCCCUGUGGCCUGGGCUUCCUCGCCUCUGGGGGUGGGGGGGUCUGGUUAGUCAGACUUGUUACUGGGGGGCGGCCUCAGGGCUGCAGAAGUGAGGGGCCUCGAGGCAGGAGCACGUCACCUGCUUCACCCAGCCGUGGGGGUGCCCUGCAUCACUUUGGGUGUCUCUUGGUUCCGAGGGAGUCAGAGAGGUCAGGUCGGACUGGAGAGGGGGCGAGGGCCCCGUGGCGGGGGGUGUGGAGCGUGUCUGAGUAGGGCCUCCGGUGGCGCUGGGGAGAGCCCUUCCCCCGUCCUCCUCCCCGCCCUCGCGCAGCCCCUCUGGGACACUGGUGGCCCCUCGGGGCCCAUGUUCCUGGCGCCUGCGUGUUGGCCUGGGCACUGGCACGGGCUGCCUGAGCAGGACCCACACCGAGCGGCUCCGGGGUGGCUGCCUCCAGGUCUGAUCUCGUGGGAGCCUCUGCUUUGCCAGCCAGGUCACCGGGAGCCCUGUGCCUCAGUUUUGGGAGUUUCUCAGAACCAGCAGGAGUCUUGACUGGGGCUCUGUCUCCGCGUGAUCUUUAGGUGACGACACGCGCUAAGGAGAACCUGCAGACGCUCCACAAACGGCUCGAACCGCGAGUGGGCUCAGCACAGUUAGAGCGGGUGCCAGGGGGGUCUGCACAGACUCGGGUCACUUCCCACCCGCCCGUCCACCAGGAAGUAGAGCGACAGGGACAUACUUCUGCCAGGAGCAAGAAACCCCUCCAGUGUCUAAUCAGGACUGAAAAGACCCCCAGACUUCACAACGGGCGCCAGAGCGGACCCCACGCUCUUGGUCCUGGGGCGCUGUCCGUCCCCCGUAAUCCGGAUGCUUUCCAGCGUUGUUAGGAAACGGUCUCUUGACGGCAGGCACCUUGCUUGGUUUCUUGCCGCGUCCCCAGGAUUUAGAACGGAGCUGGGCACAGACAAGGCUUUCAAGACGCCGUUGCAGGCUGAAUAAAAGGCACCGUCGUGCUCCCAGCAGGUCGCGUGCCUGCCUUUCCACUUGCCAGGCCCGAGGCGCCUUUUCUCUUGGACGUGACCGUCGUGUUCACGGAGGGGGAGCUGCGGGGGGGAACUGCGGUGGAUUCCUCUGCCCCUGGGGUGACAUGUAGGCUCUGUUUCCACAUAUCCAGCUUUCUUGCCAUGAGUGUUUGUUUUGGUUUUGGUUUUUAGGGCCGAACCCACGGCCGGUGGAAGUUCCCAGGCUAGGGGUUGAAUUGCUGGCCUGCACCACAGCCCUGUAAGGUGGGAUCUGAGCUGGAUUAGCCACCUGCACCAGAGCUCAUGGCAACGUCAGAUCCCCGACCCACUGAGCGAGGCCAAGCGUCGAACUCGCAUCCUCGUGGAUACUGGUCAGGUUUGUUUCUGCUGCGCCACAAGGGGAGCUCCCGUGUUGUGCGCUUUUAAUGCCCUUUGAAAUAAGGCUUUUGAGCACGGGAAGAUAUCACUUGAAGUCGUUUUAAAACCAGCAUUUAUUAAAGCUACAGAGUUACAGACCUGUCCCCCCCCCCCUUUUACAUAGAAUUUAUACAUUUUAUUCUACUCUUUGUAAAUUUAGUAAAUUUUCGUCUUUAACCCUAAGACAGCCUCCAUCAGCUCAAGGUGAUCAGACCACAUACACCAGUCCUACUGAGCCUCCCACAUGCAACGUAAAUUUCCUCACACCUUUCGAACCGUAGUUUUAAGUUUAGUAGAUGCAGUUUUCAUUUUAAGCACCACAUAAAUAAAGCCUCCGUGACUAGGUCUAGUGAUUAGAAUCGCACCUGCAGGGAACCCCACGUUCUCGGACUUGCCAGACCUUCCCGGAGGGGAGCCUCGUGGGCCGAGGGGCGUGGAUGUGUUCCCCGCCCGCCAGGUCGCCAGCGCCUGGAAUAGCGCCUGCCCGUCACCCUCAGGACGUGGAAGGGUUUCCGAUCCUAGUGCGUUUCCGUACCUCUUCACUAAAAGGGAAGCGUGCAGGAUCGGACACUCAGGGGUUACAUUGGAAUCAAGGCUAAAAGCCAAGAUUAAUUUGCCAAAUGUUCUUACAUACUGCAAACAAACAUUCUAAAGCCAAACAAAAACAUUAAAACCGACAUCUCCCGGGGGGCCCGGAGACUCUGCUCUGAUAAGGCAGCAGUGACGGCACCUUGGACACAUCAGGGUUCGGUGGGGGGGGGGCUGCGGGGGUGGGGAGCCGAGCAGCGGCCACCUGGGGCCUCUCCAGCCUCUGAUCCGCAGAAGGAGCCUGCUCUGACCUUUCCCGCCGUGUCCAUCUCCCCGCCCAGGGCUUCCCCGCUGCUGGGAUUCGCCUGUCUGGCUCCUGCACAGCUUCCCGGCUUGUCAGCUGGCCUGGGCUGGAAAGCUUAAACAUAGCAAAGUGCCUGCCUCUUCAACUUGGCUCACAUUUCGUAUUUUAUCUGCCCUUGAGGUCUUAGCACCAAAGCUAUAGUCUUAGUUGAUUUUGAGAAGAGCAAAACUUUUUUUUUAGAGCUGCACCUGUAGCAUAUGGAGGUUCCCAAGCUGGGGGUCAAAUUGGAGCUGUAGCUGCCGGCCUACACCAGAGCCACGGCAACACAGAAUCCGAGCCACGUCUGGGACCAACACCACAGCUUGUGGCAACGCUGGAUCCUUAACCCACUGAGCGAGGACAGGGAUCGAACCCACAUCCUCACAGUUACUAGUUGGCUUCUUAACCAGCUGAGCCGCAGCAGGAACUCUGAGAAGAGCAUAACUGUUUUAUGGUUAACCGUUCGUGUGCUCCAGUUUCUUUCAAACUGGUUACUUGGUUUGCGAUCCCAGGACCCCUCGGGGGCACCAGGCUUCUCGUCACGUCUGCUAGCAGAGCGCCCUGCUGUUGUUUCAAGUUUAAUACUUGCGGCUGGCAAGGGAUGGAUUGUUUUAAGUUUUGUGUUUCUCCAGUUACUUUUGAGUUUUAUGGUUUCUGUACACGAAGAUUGGAAAGUUGCAUUUUGGUCAUUUGUAUUCAUCUGGCUGGAAUUCCUGAAAGGGCGCAAAGAGACAGUUUCCAUGGAUGAGUCCGUUUACCUGGAUUACACCUGUACACAUAAAAGGGACCCAAACCGUGGUAUCCUGAUUUUAGCCCCACAUGACGUUAAGUGAAGACGUGGAGUUCCCACUGUGGCGCAGCGGUAAUGAACCCGACGAGGAUCUGCAGGGACACUGGUUCGCUCCUCGGCCUCGCUCAGUGGGUUAAGGAUCCGGCAUGGCUGUGGCUGUGGUGGAGGCUGGCAGCUGCAGCUCUGAUUCGACUCCUAGCCUGGGAACUUCCACAUGCUGCAGGUGUGGCCCUAAAAAGCAAAAAAAAAAAAAAAAAAAAAAAAGAAGAAGAAGAGGUUGAGACACUUGGAGAAAAGGAACCGCCUAGACUGUUGGCAGGGAUGUAAACUGGUGCAGCCACUACAGAGAACAGUAUGGAGGGGCCUCAGAAAACUAAAAAUAGAGUUACCAUAUGACCCAGCAAUUCCACUCUUGGGCAUAUAUCUGGAGAAAACAAACCCACUGAUUUGAAAAGAUAACACACACCCCAGGGUUCAUAGCAGCAUUAGUUACAGUAGCCACGGCAUUCACGCAACCUGGGUGCCCAUCGACAAGCAAACGGAUGAGGACAACGGGGCACAUUCGCACAGUGGAGUAUUACUCGACCCUAAAAAAGGAUGGGGGCUUGCCAUUUGCACCGACAUGGAUGUACUUGGUGGGCAUUGUGCUAAGUGAAACCAGUCAGAAAGCACAGCAUUGUAUGUUCCUUACGUGCAGAAUAAAAACAAUCACUAGUGAAUAUACAGUAAAAGUGAAACAGACUCACAGGUACCAGAACAAACCAGUCCUUACCAGUGGGGAGGGAGGGGGCAAGUGGGGGGAGGGCAUUGCGAGAGACAAACCACUAGGUACCAGAUAAGGUACGAGGGUGUGUGCUGUGUAGCACAAGGAAUGUGGCCAACGUGCGGUUCCUGUAAGUGGAGUGUGAUCUUUGUAAAGAAAGAGUGGGGGACACUGUUGAGGUUGAACAUCGUAGAAACUUAGUUUUCUGUGUAACGGGAGGGGAGCAGGGGUUCGCUGCCUGUUUCUAAAUCUCAGGGAGCCUUGGUUUUCAUGUAAUGCCUAAUAUGACAGGUUUUUCCCAAGAUGAGCCUGCCGCUGAUUUAUCUUGGGCUGGAUGCUUUUCUGAUCUCCCGGGGAACCAUCGCUUUUCACUUAGUCGCGUGGCGGCUGACCCGGAGGCCGUGUAGCCCAGCGGGCCGACUGAGGCCUCGAGCAGAGCAGGCGGCUUCCUUGGCAGCACGGCGAGCUCUGCUGGGAGCAGGCGCCGCAGUGUCACACCCGCGGCUUCGGCUGGAGUUGGAGGGAGCGCCCCAGACUGAGCCCCGGAGGCUGCCCCCUGCCCCCGCCCGGGCCUCCUCCUCCGGAGCCGGAUCAGGCGGCAUUGCCACCUACCAGCAGCGUCCUGCUGGCUCCUUGGCCGUCCUGCGGGGAUGUCCGUCCCCCUGCUUCUCUGUCCCCACACUUUCACCCAGCAGACGUGAGUCACCGUGGCGCUGUUCCCCUUCUGCCACCUCCUGGCGCGGUGCUCCCUGUAGAGAGGCCACAAAUGUCAAAAUUCCCUUUAGAACCUUGGCACCGGGUGAUGCCGAUACUGCAGUUUUAAGCAGUUGGAGUAGAGGAGGACCGCGGAGCCGUAGGGUCUUAAAUAAAGUUUUGUCUUGUCCCCAGUGUGUGUUGUGGGCACGUUGAAACCCCAGAGGUGGAAGAGCAGAGCAGUGACCUCCACCGCUGGGACAGCCGGCCUGGAGACGUGCUCCCGGCCCCGACUGACCGGGCCUCGACUGACCGGGCCUCGUCUAGAGCUGCAGGGCCUCCGCGGUGCCUUGGGCCGCGGAACCUGCUCCUCGCGGUGUGUCCACUUCGGGACACGUGGCUCAGCUCUGCCAGUGGCUCAGACACCGUGUGCGUUUGACUCAAGAUGAUUUGAUGUUUUGUGAUAAAGCCCACCGACCAUGAUGGCUACACAGGCCUUGAGCAUAGACGGCUAUCAAGAUGGGCAGCAGAUGCACGUGGUAACCGAGCUAAAAACCGAGCAAGACCCCCACUGCUCCGAACCCGAUGUGGAGGGCGUGAGUCCCCCCCUGGGGUCCCAGACACCGAUGGAUGCAGACAAGCAGGCCAUUUACAGGCAUCCGCUCUUUCCGUUGUUAGCUUUGUUGUUUGAAAAAUGUGAACAAUCUACACAGGGCUCGGAAGGCACGACUUCUGCCAGUUUCGACGUGGACAUUGAGAAUUUUGUAAGGAAGCAAGAGAAGGAGGGAAAGCCCUUCUUUUGUGAAGAUCCGGAAACUGACAAUUUAAUGGUGAAAGCCAUCCAGGUUUUGCGUAUUCAUCUCCUCGAGCUGGAGAAGGUGAACGAGCUCUGCAAAGACUUCUGCAGCCGCUACAUCGCCUGUCUGAGGACGAAGAUGAACAGCGAGACCCUCCUGAGCGGGGAGCCCGGCAGCCCCUACUCCCCCGUCCAGUCCCAGCAGAUCCAGAGUGCCAUCACGGGCACGCUCAGCCCCCAGGGAAUCGUGGUGCCGGCGUCCGCGCUGCAGCAGGGGAACGUCACCAUGGCAACAGUGGCAGGGGGCACAGUCUAUCAGCCUGUCACAGUCGUCACUCCCCAAGGCCAAGUGGUGACACAGGCCUUGUCGCCUGGCACGAUCCGGAUCCAGAACUCCCAGCUUCAGUUACAGUUAAACCAAGACCUGAGCAUCUUGCAUCAAGACGACGGCUCCUCCAAAAACAAGAGGGGGGUUCUGCCCAAGCACGCCACCAACGUCAUGAGGUCCUGGCUCUUCCAGCACAUCGGGCAUCCCUACCCGACAGAAGACGAGAAGAAACAGAUCGCGGCUCAGACGAAUCUGACGCUGCUCCAAGUUAACAACUGGUUCAUCAACGCCAGAAGACGAAUCUUGCAGCCGAUGUUGGAUUCUAGUUGUUCAGAGACUCCGAAAACAAAGAAAAAAACUGCUCAGAACAGGCCUGUCCAGAGGUUCUGGCCCGACUCCAUCGCCUCGGGGGCCGCCCAGCCAGCCGCCAGUGAGCUGACCAUGUCAGAAGGAGCUGUCGUGACGAUCACCGCCCCCGUGACCAUGAACGUGGACAGCCUGCAGUCCCUGUCGUCGGACGGGGCCACGCUGGCGGUGCAGCAGGUGAUGAUGGCGGAGCAGAGCGAGGACGAGUCGGUGGACAGCACGGGGGACGGCGGGGCGGCGCUGGCACCCGGCCACCUGGGCGGGCUGGUCCUGGAGAACAGCGACUCCCUGCAGUAGGGCCGCGCCCGCGGACUGGCCUGACUUUUUACAGUUUGCACAGCAAACAUUUUACACAGUUUUACUCCCGUAUGUUUUAUAUGUAGGUUUAGAAGAGUGCACUUUUGUAUUUCCCAGUCAGCUUCAAGAGCGUCUUUGCUGGUGCAGCGACUUCUUCCAGGGUGUGUGAGUGUGUGUGUGUGUGUGUGUGCGCGCGCGUGCGUGUGCGUUUUUAAGGAAAUUCUUUAAAGGUUUAACGCUAAAAAUGUGAUGAAUGACAAACACCCCCCCAGCCCACAAACCCCCGAUUAGAUUAAGGACUAGUGCUGCCAUUUUCCGAGAAUUAUGCAGUUUUCAUUUAGCUCUGUGGUUACAGCAGGCCUCCGGGGGCUGACUGAUUUGUGUAGCCCAUGGAUCUGAAAGAAGCUUCUGCACCUUAGAACUGCCAGUGUGACCUGGGCAACAGCACACACACCAAUAACCCGAGUGUGACCCGGUGGCGAAUGUAGGUGACUCGACGUGGUUACCGUCCCUGAUGGCCCCUGAGCCUGUGUCAUUUGCUAUAUAUGAAAAGAAACUCCUAUUUUUAACUUGCUGGAAUUAUUGGAUAAAGAGCUAUUUUUAUAAAUUCAUUAUGAAUUGACUAUGACUCUCUCGAGGAUGAAAUGUCCAGAGAAGACACAGCACACGCCUGCCGUCUCGGUUUGGAUGUUCCGAACGGGCCAAGUUUAACGAACCUGCCCAAAGUUAGCUAGGAUUCCGUGGCCCUCUGCCUUCCCAGGGUGGAGGUGUUCUCUUACGACGGUAAAUGAGACACAGCUAUUUAAUGAACGUUUGCUGUCUUCAAAUUGUAGUUGAUACGUAAAUGCUCAGAUUGCAUUUUACACUUGAUCGAAACACACAUCUAAAGAAACCGACUAAACAGGACUUGGGUAAGCUAAGUGAAAUGGUAGCCAGUCACCAGUUAAAAGCUCCUACCAGCGUCCUUGAGUCUAACUUAAACUUGACUACAGUGACAUGGUUGGUAUACCAUGUCAGCUGGAUCCUGUUUUAGAAUUUUAGUUAGCCGUAUGUUAUGCAUAGUGUUUAUGAUAAACGAAUCUAAGGCAUCCUCUGUGCCCUGGCUCAGAGCCGGGGCCCGGGCAGCCCCUCGGCUUGGUACGUCAUCACGGGCCACGGAGGGACGCAAGGAGCGGGGCCUGGGCGGCCUCCCGCUGGGGCUCGGGCCGGCCGCUGGUCCCGGUGGCGGGGUUUGCCCUGUCGCUGCUCUUUGGGAUUUCCAGAGCCUGCCCUCUGACCCGGUCACGUCCGACCUGGGAGCGUUUCAGGACUUCCCGGGGACCAGACACCCCGAGAGCAGCCGGGUGUGGUUCCUGGGCUUGGCGUGGCCCCUUGGUUGACUUCCAAGCUGAGCUUUUUCUCAGCGAGGACACAGCACACCUAGCUUCCCAGAGGAGAGCUCUGUCCAGGCAUGAAGGGGACGCCCAGCCCCGCGGGGCCCCGAGGACAGCCGCGCCGUCGGGAAGGCCGCCGGGUCCCGAGAUGGAGCCACGGGGACUGGUGUGGCCAGGGCUGCGUGGGGCAUGUUUGGAGCUAGAGCAGAUGUUUUUCUAGAACUGAGUCCCCCCCAAAUGGUUAAUACCUGAAGUUAGUCAUAGGAGGAUACUUGCCAGAUACCUUAGAAGGAAGAAGGAAGGACUGGGGAACUCCUUUUAAAAUCUUUCAGGAAAUUUAAAGGAAAAACUUGACUAUGGAUUCCUUGGGGAGGAAAGUAACCCUCUUAAGCAGCUACUGUGUGUCCUUAUUUCUGAACAACUUUAAUACUGUUUAAGAUAUUAGACAAUAUUAAUUUUAAUACUUUGAGUCAAAUCUACAGAAGUUUAAAAGAUCAUUUAAGUCCAACAAAGUUAGAACUGAAGGCCAGGACCCAGGAAGCUGGCCGGCCAGCUCCUCCCUCCCUCGGCCCCUCUGCCCGGCUAUAGGUUAGUGGGGACCCUCCCAGCACCAGGACUCCCCGGGGGUGGUGUCUCCCCGGCGGGGUGUGGACCCUGGGGCCGUCGGGGGUGGACUGUCAAGGCGGUGGUGCGGCCCGUGCCCCUCCAGCUGAGAUCGGCUCUCGUAAGCCCUGAAUUCUUACACGGUGGAGGGACAGGAGAAGGGUGCUCAGAGACAGGGGCCCGGGACGCGGCCUGGGGUUCCCGUAACCUCUUCCCUUGAGGAACUGCAGGCACUUUCAACAGCCCGACCGCAGACGGUUUGGGCUCCUGAACCGCUGCCCGGGGCACCAGCGUCCCUGGGCGCCUGAUAAGCACCUGUUCCCAGCCCUUGACUCCCAAGGGCCCUGCUAGAGGACGAGCCCACCGGGCUUGCGUUUGAGUGAUCAGGCUCCAUCUCGACUUGGCUCUGGCGAAACCCUUUCCCCACGAAGGAUGCUUUUGAAUGUGUCUCGGGCCCCAGGUCCUCAUGUCACCAGCUCCGCCGCGGAGGGGCAGUGGGCAGCGGGGCCGAGCCGGGCAGCCUCACUCGGCCCCGUUUCUGAGCCGAGGGGCUCGGCCACAGCUUGGAGUGGGCAGCGCCCAGGGCCCCGUGCCCGCACCCUGCGCGGAGGGCCCCGCUGGCACCUCUGCGUGGCCCGGCGAGAGAGCCGGCCGGGCACGUCCUCCUCAGACCCCGGACGCCGUGGGAGGCCGCCCCGGGGCCAGUGACGGAUCCUCCGCAGUCCUCCGUCCUGUUAGCUCUGUCCGGUCUCCGAACUGACAGUCUUUAAAUGUGAAUCCUGUAACCAUGUGUUCUUGGGUUGCUGUCUUUGGAAGGGAUUUUUGUGAAGCAAUUGAUUUAUCAAAGCAAAAAAUUAAAAGCAGAAACCGGC